AUGCAUACUGAACCAAGUAUUGCCAAGAAAUGUAUGAAGAUUACUUUCAUCUGCUUGGCUAUGGCUGCCGUUAUAGAAUGUGCUCUCCUGCGAACAGCUGCACCCGUUGCUGUUGCACCCGUGGCACCUGUGGCCGCUGCCGUUCCCAUCAACACCGAAUAUGAUCCUCAUCCACAAUAUGCCUUCGCCUAUAAUGUACAGGAUGCUUUGACCGGUGACAGCAAAAGCCAACAAGAGGUACGUGAUGGUGAUGUUGUAAAGGGUUCGUAUUCCGUUGUCGAUGCCGAUGGUUCGUUGCGUACUGUUUUCUAUACCGCUGAUCCCAUUAAUGGUUUCAAUGCCGUUGUACAACGUGGCCCAGUACCAGCUGCUGUAGCCGUAGCUAGACCAGCUGUUGCCGCUGUUCCUGCACGUGUCUUUUAA